AUGGGAAGAAAAUUAUUUUUCUUACUUGUGCUAGAGUUCUUUCUUGUACCAUCCACUGAGAAUCCAAUAUUUGGAUACAAGCUUGUGCUGGUUUGGCCCAAUACUUUCUGCCAGAACACCCAAUGCAACACUCCUAUUCCACAACAGUUCACCAUUCAUGGUCUAUGGGGCUAUGACUCCAAGUCAAAUAUUGUUGUCAAUUGCCAUAAUGGACCUGCUUUUGAUCGCAGCUUGCUAAACCCAAUUGAAAAACAAUUGAAAUUUGACAUGCCUGGAUUGGAUCGUGAUGAUGAAAUUCACUGGAGGCACCAGUGGAACAAGCAUGGAAAAUGCAGUGGAAUGAGUGUCUUUGAAUAUUUCAAGGAGAUUCUUACCCUCAAGCAACAAAUUGACAUAGACAAAAGCUUAGCUGACAAAGGCAUCAAACCCUCUUUCUCGGACUUUUAUUCUGCUCAGAAUAUUGCACAAGCCAUUGAUAGAGGAACUUAUUAUGUUCCUCAACUUGAAUGUAACCAAGACCCAAGCGGUGCGAAACAAUUGUUCCAGGUCUUCUUCUGCUUAGACAAGGGAAAGAAGCUCACAAAUUGUCCCAAAAAACAUACUCGAUACCAAUCUCAAUUUAUAGCCUCAAAAUGCACCAUCCCCCUUCCCACUGGUAGUACCGACAGCGUUAAGCUACCUCCACCUCCUCCACAGUCACCUUCUCCAGCAGUGCAGUAA